UAUGCAUGGAAAUAACACCAAUCGAUAUAGAGGUAGGUAGGUAGGUAGAUAUCAUCAAGAAGAUUAUUAUGAAACGACAUACCACCUUUUGAAAUAACUCGGUUGAGCAAAACUGAUAAAGGCAAAACAAAGUCAGCCAUUAUAUUUGAUUGCCUUAGCUUUCUUUUGCCCACUUUACUAGCUCCAGCCAAGAUGUUUUCAGCACAAACACAAGACAAAGUCCGACAACCAUCUAAAUGGCCUUUAACAAUGAUAUCCUUUUGUCAUUUUUAGCAGCUGCGGACACGAAUCAACUUGAAGAUGACUUCUGCAAAAAAAAUAAUAAUUAGGUGGGAAGUGCUGAGAUGAGACUUGCUUUGUACUUGAGACAUAUCUCUGCCGAUUUAAAUUAAGCACCGUUGUUUGUCUACUCAUUGAAUAAGGUCAAGUUUAGACCAUGUCUACAGCACGAAGGCUGCUACAGUGGCUCGGCGUCCCCCUGACGUGUGUGAUCAUGAUUGUGACGGUGCGAACUCUCACGUUCCCCUCCUACCAAACCCGCCCCCCGCCUUGUGACGUCACAGACCAGGACUUCAUCCCCGCCUCCACAGACCGGCUGGACAGGCUCGGCCGGGCGAUCACCUUCCGCACCGUCUCGUACGAGCCGGGACGGGGGACGCCACAGGAACUGCUCAAGCUCGCCGCCUUUAUCCAGGACAGUUUCCCCGUGAUCCACUCCUCGCCGCUGGUGACCAGAGAGGUUGUGGGGAACUUCAGCCUGCUGUACCGUGUGGAGGGGACGGACGGCUCGCUCCAGCCGGGUCUCCUGGCGGCGCAUCUGGACGUGGUUCCCGUCACAGAGGAACCCGGCUGGGACGCCGAGCCCUUCUCCGGGCAGCGGAAAGACGGGUUUGUGUACGGCAGGGGAACCAUAGAUUCCAAACAAACUCUCAUGGGACAGCUGGAGGCGCUAGAGUCUCACCUGAAGAGAGGUCAUAGAUUUAGACGAACCUUGUACCUCGCGUUCGGACACGACGAGGAAGUUUUAGGGCACUAUGGAGCGAAGAGGAUCGCAGAACUGUUAGAACAACGCGGAGUAAAACUGGAGUUUGUUCUAGACGAGGGUUUUGCCGUAACGGAGAAUUUUGUACCAGGGGUGACCAAGAAAGUGGCCCCGCUCAGCGUCACAGAGAAGGGUUACUUAACGGUGAAGCUGCGUGUCCGGAUGAAGGGAGGCCAUGGCUCCAUGCCUGAGAAAGAGUCCGCGAUAGGCGUCCUGUCCCAGGCCGUUACCAACCUAGAGAGGAACCCCCAGCCGAACCUCUGGGGUUCCGGUCCCGAACGGGACCUCGCCGAGCACCUCGCUACAGAAAUGAGCCUCCCCCAUCGGGUGGUAUCGUCCAACCUGUGGCUGUUUGCUCCCGUCAUGCGCUGGGUUCUGAGCCUGAAGGCAGCCACGAACGCGUUAUGCAGAACCACCACAGCCGUCACGCGGUUUCACGCCGGGAUCAAGGAGAACGUCAUCGCUCCUGAAGCCGUCGCCAUCGUCAACCACAGAGUUCAUCCCAAACAGACGAUACAGGAAGUUCUCGAUCACGACGUCAGGGUGAUCGGCGACCCCCGGGUGCAGGUGGAAGUGGUACAGUCCCUGGUUCCCGCGCCCGUCUCCCCGAGUGGGCCGGAGUCUCCUGCGUACAUGGCGGUACAGGAGACCAUCCAGCAGGUCUUCCCGGACUCACUGGUGGCGCCGGCCGUGCAGACUGGAUACACAGACGCUCGUCACUACUGGAAGCUCACGAGCGCCAUCUACCGGUUCUCUCCGAACGUCAUGGGUCCGGAGGAUCUCGCGAGACUUCACGGCGUGAACGAGAGGAUCUCCGUCCGGGACUACGAGAGGACGAUGAACUUUUAUUUCCACCUGAUGCAGAACGUUGAUAAACCUUUGGUGGGGAGGGGGCACGGGCAUGAGGGGGACUUGUAACGUUUUCAGCCUCUACUGCUACUUCUAGACAACACUACAC